AUGUGUUUCAGGAUCAGUUAGAAGCCUCUUUAUUUACCCUUAGUUUAGUCAUUGAAGCACUUUUAUUGGAUAGACUGAAAACGGAUAGUACCAAGUUGGAUGGCCAAAUGACAAAUGGUGUCUAUCCAGUGCAACAAUAUAGGAUAGCCAAGUUUGGGAAUAUAUGACCAAAACGAUGUUUUUGUCUGUGGGCACUAUCGCAAAGGGUUGCAUGGUGUCCUGCACACUCAACAAGAUUUGAGUUUAUUUUUUAAACCUUUAUUCAAACAUUUAAAAAGCUACGCGUGACAUAGAAGUGGAUUGCGCUCAUUUCGGUGCGGGAGAGCAAUAAAGGGGUUAAAGAAAGAACAUUGGAAAGUGUAUCAGUAUGGAAGAAAAUGAUCAUAGCAACAGAGAUGAGGAACGUCAAGUGUCGGCGGAAGAGUCAAACAGAGCGAUACUUCCCCUAUUACAAGCGCCGGGAAACAUUCAGCAGAUCCCGCAUCGAGUCACCAAUUUCUUCAUCGAUAAUAUCUUACGGCCGGACUUUGGGCGGAAAAAAGAAGGCAACACAGAGCAAGAAGAAAAUAGUCACGUUACCAGAGAGAACCAUAGCCCGGCUGUUCCAAGAACGGAGCAAGUGGGGAGUACUGUGCCAACGGAAGGAACUUCCACUCCUCAUCCAGGCGGCGUGGCCAAUAAGGCUGAAAUAGUGACCGAAGAGCCCCUGAAACCCCGCGGAGAGAAUGGAGAUCAGUGCCUAAGCUCGGACUCGGAUAGUUCUCAAGCCAGCUCAAAUGUACCAUCCAAACAGCCUAUGCUCUGGCCAGCUUGGGUGUACUGCACCAGAUACUCAGACAGGCCAUCAUCAGGACCGAGAUCUCGAAAACCAAAGAAGAAAACCGCCAGCAAAGAGGACAAGCGACCAAGGACGGCCUUCACAGCUGAACAGCUUCAAAGACUAAAAACCGAGUUUCAAACGAACCGGUAUUUGACCGAACAGAGGAGACAGGCCUUGGCCCAAGAACUCGGUCUUAACGAAUCUCAAAUCAAAAUCUGGUUCCAGAACAAAAGGGCAAAAAUCAAGAAGGCCACGGGCGCAAAAAACACCCUAGCCCUGCACCUGAUGGCACAGGGACUGUACAAUCAUGCUACGACGUCAAAAGAUGACAAAUCAGACAGCGAUUGAUUUCGAGAUACAGAUAACAAUGCAAUAAUUUCACAGAAUAAAGGGCCAGUGUAUAGAAUAUACCAGCAUAAAUUGAUCAAUAUAUAUAGAUAUUUCUGCAAUAUCAUGUCUAUGAAAAUAUGUUGUAAAAAAAUGUAUGUUUUCAAUCUCUUGUAACGUGUGUCGUUUUUCUUCCAGGAAAAGUACAAAUGCUUAUUAUACGCUUCAUUUUAUAUUGCUAUUCAUUUUCGAUUUUUACAUUAUAGCGCUUUAAACUGGCACUUGACGUUGAGAUCUGUCAGUGAAGUGAAAAACAACCUGCUUAAGUCCAAAGAAUAUUUUCUGCUGCAUCCAGGCAACUGUGAAUCUUAAUAAAUUUGCUGACAAGAUAUUUUAUUUCCAUGGUUGUUAUGGUUUUAUUGGGGUUGAGUUUAGUGUAAAAAGGACAUAGCAAGGGUUUUUGAGUGUCAGUGCUGUGCAGACUUAAUUGAAAAGUAGAUGGAUUUUGAUACUAUUUUUUCGAAAAUUCGUAUUAUCACAGAAGUGAUUGGUUAGCAAUGUUUUGGUUAGCAGACAGAACACCUAAAUUGCUAAUACGUAGGAUAGCCUAAAGCAAGUUCAUUUCCAUAAACAAUUAGCGUGUUCUGUGUUAUAUCAAUGCACCCGAGGCCUCUAUACAUAGUUUUUGAAGAGCAAUAUAAAUCAUAUUUUGUAGCAAAAUGUUUUGAAUUAUUAUAAUGCUGCCUAUAACGCGAGAGACAACUCUGUAGCAUAAUGACAAUGAUGACAAAACGUUUCGUGCACUCUUGGCUGAAAGUAUUAUAGGUCUAUUUGAUCAAAAGUAGACACAAGGUAUCGGAACAUAUGGUCUAUAUACAUCCCAUGGAACUCUUACUCUAUAUACAUUUUUAUUUCAUAUACAUAUCCAUAUAUAUCAUUAAACAGGCGAAAUCGUUAGUGACUGUAUAACAAUUGUUGAAAAUCUCUUUUAUUGUUGUUGAAAAGACUUCAUAUGUGUAUUUAUAUAGAUUAUAUUGAGAGAAGAAAAAAAUCUAUCCAAUGACCGGUGUUGCUUUAGAGUAGACUUCUGAGGUUUUUACACGGCUUCUUUAUCUUGC